AUGAAGAAUUAUUUUGCGUUUUGGACCAUUCUUGCUCUUUCGGUGAUGCUGCUGUUUUUAACGCUGCAUCCUCGUGAUUCAAAUGUUGCUGCAUACAGUACCAAGAUGAGAUCAAUCAUUCAAAGCCAACUAGCCUCCUCUCAAAACAGUCGAGAAUGGAAUCCUUCUCUUGCUUCUCAAAAAUCGUGUGAUAUCAUUAGUUCCGAGAUGAAUCAAAUGGAUUUGAAAUUUUGCGAAAAUCGAGUGAAUUAUCCAACGUCUAUUCUGGAUUACAAUAGAACUCAUGAAAGUGAAGAUGUUGCCUUGAAAAAGGCAGAUUAUGUCGCUGCUCUGUAUUACAAUUUGAUGAAUUGGGACAAUGCUCGUGGACAAGUGCCUUCACAACAAUGUAAGGAGUUGGUUCAUGAAUUGUUGUGCCAUGCAGUGUUUCCGUUAUGUCAAGAUAAAGGAGGUUAUGUGAGAAAUUUGUAUCCAUGUAAAGACAAGUGUACCAAGGCCAUAAGUGUGUGCAACACGACUCCAACGGAGCCCCUAGGAGAGGAUAUUGUCAUGUUUUGUACUCACAUUAAGCAGUGUAACAAUUAUUGA